GACGUCGCCUUCAGAAGCUCUGCAUGCUUCGUGGGGAGUGGAAAAGAGCGGGCACGGCACGAUCACGCACGCACCCGGCCGUAGGACGGCAGAAUUCCACCGCGUGAUGGGUGCAAGGAAUCGGGCGCGCCCCAACCAGUCCGCCUGACUUAUUUAGGCGCCGCGUUUUGUCCCCGUCGUCCGGCCCCAGCCGAGCCGACGCGCGCGCCAUGGCCUCCUCCCCCCUCGCCUCCCCGGCCCGCCGCGCCCUCCUCUUGUCGUCGUUCCUCCUCUGCUUCCUGCCGCGCCAUGUUGCCGCCGGCGCCGCUGGGGCGGCGGGCUACGUCACCGUCUCCACCGCCAGCUUCGCCGCGUCGAGCGCGACCUGCGACGAACCCGGCCCAGUGAUCCCGCCGCGGCAGGGGAACGGCACGCUGGCGGUGCUGCGGCUGGCGCACCGGCACGGCCCGUGCGGCCCGUCGGCGGCGUCGGCGGUGGCGGCCCCGUCGUUCGCCGAGGUGCAACGCGCGGACCAGCGGCGAGUGGAGUACAUCCAGGGGCGGUUGUCGGGGGGCGGCGGCGCGCGGGGGGCGAGUAAGGGGGGCCUGCAGCAGCGGCAGCAGCAGCUCGCGGCCGGCUCCAGGUCGGCGACGGUGCCGACCACCAUGGGCGUCGGCACGUUCCAGUACGUGGUGACGGUGAGCCUGGGCACGCCCGGCGUGUCGCAGACGAUGGAGGUGGACACGGGCAGCGACGUGUCGUGGGUGCAGUGCAAGCCCUGCGCCGCGCCGGCGUGCUACAGCCAGAGGGACCAGCUCUUCGACCCGGCCAAGUCGUCCACCUACUCCGCCGUGCCCUGCGGCGCGGGUGCGUGCUCGGACCUUGGGAUCUACCAGGCCGGCUGCUCGGGGACUCAGUGCGGGUACGUGGUCAGCUACGGCGACGGGUCCAACACCACCGGCGUGUACGGCUCCGACACGCUGGCGCUGACGCCGGGCAGCACGGUGGGCACGUUCCUCUUCGGCUGCGGUCACGCGCAGGCGGGGCUGUUCGCCGGCAUCGACGGGCUCCUCGCGCUCGGCCGGCAGGCCAUGUCGCUCAAGUCGCAGGCGUCGGGCGCGUACGGCGGGGUCUUCUCCUACUGCCUCCCUUCCAAGCCGAGCUCCGCGGGGUACCUGACGCUGGGCGGGCCGAGCAGCGCGUCGGGGUUCGCGACGACGGGGCUGCUGACGGCGUGGUCCGCGCCGACGUUCUACAUGGUGAUGCUCGCGGGCAUCAGCGUGGGCGGGCAGCCGGUGGCCGUCCCGGCGUCGGCGUUCGCGGGAGGGACGGUGGUGGACACGGGCACGGUGAUCACGCGGCUGCCGCCGACGGCGUACGCGGCGCUGCGGUCGGCGUUCCGCGGCGCCAUCGCGCCCUACGGGUACCCGCCCGCCCCCGCCAACGGGAUCCUGGACACCUGCUACGACUUCAGCCGGUACGGCGUGGUGACGCUGCCGACGGUGGCGCUGACGUUCAGCGGCGGCGCGACGCUGGCCCUGGAGGCCCCCGGGAUCCUGUCGAGCGGGUGCCUCGCGUUCGCGCCCAACGGCGGCGACGGCGACGCCGCCAUCCUCGGCAACGUGCAGCAGCGCUCCUUCGCGGUGCGCUUCGACGGCGGCACCGUCGGGUUCAUGCCCAGCGCGUGCUGAUCCACUGAUCCAUUCUUUGACCACUUCUUACAAAACCUAUCACUAGCAGGAGUAUAAACAUACAUACGUACUUGGUAUGUAUACCGCAUGUAGAGUACAUGUACGUACACGAAAAGGAGAAGGUAGACGAAUAUACAUGGCAGGAUGACGUAGGUUCUUUCGUUGGUGGAUGGAGCACGGUUUCGUCGGGGAAUAAUAACGGGCUAACCAGAGGCGUGUUGACGCUCGACGCAGUUCGUUGGAUUUUUGUGUGUGUGUCGCGGUCAGUGACUCGACGAGCUACGGGUGAUGAUGGGUUUAUGACUAGUGGAGAGUUAGGAGGGAGUGUAGACGGAGUCUGACUUUGAGCCGUCCCGGGAGCCGCGGCGCCAAAGUCAUUGUGGACUAGACCGGAUGGAUGUUAGCCUGUUGGGGGAUGGUUGUCGAUGCUGAACUUGUCGAUAUCAGAGGGACCCCUUCUGCUUGUUCGACGAAGGUAUCUCCGGGGACAUCCGAUAGUUGUUGGACCAAGGGCUAAAACACUUUAGAUUACUUCAUGUCAGAGACACAUUAUUUGCAUAGAUUCAGGCUACCGUGCAGAUGUAACACCCUACGUCCUGCUCUGUUCUUCAUCCAGUGAAGUAGGAGUAUAUGGUCAGUUACAAAAGAUGAGGCCCAGUUCAGAAAGAAGACAUCGAUCCUUUACUCGCCGUCGUCGAUCGCUCGACGUUGCCCUUCUCUCGUCAUCGCCAUUACCUUGCGUAACCGUAGCUCCAUUGCGGAUGAGAUGGUGACCGCUGCUGCCAUUGCCGCAUAUCACCGCAAGAGGGAAGAGCGGCUGACAAUGCCACGGCCGCCACCGUCGCGUGGCGGCACCACGUCGUCGAGCUCGUGGCUGCUGCAUGACGUGCCAAGUAAGCCGCAGUGCUGAGCGCGAGCAGCCGCGGAUGAAAGGUGACCAACACAUAGCCUAGAGUGCAAUGUGGUCUGCCGUGCUCGUUUCAAAAAAAAAAA